GGAGGAGGAGUAGGCAGGCCCAGCUUCUGGGCCAGCCCGGUGACACACAGAGAGGCAUAAAUCCGGCUGGUGAUGUUGGGUCCGGGCGCUCACGUGUGUAGAGACCCACCGGCUUGUCCGUACGCCGUAAGGGCACCUGUCGUGUGAGUGGCUCCGGGCGUGGCUGCUCGCCGGACGUUCAGUUUCUGUAAGAUUGCUCUCUAGGGGCCUACCUAACCCCGGCUCCAGAGGGGAACGUAAGAAGUUUAACGGAGCCGGGUCUGAGCAGAUUAAGGGAGUGGAACAGCGGCUGGGCCGGAGAGGGUGGGGACUGCGGGGGCUGGGGGGUAGGGAACCACCUACUUGCCCCGUCUCCCCGGCAGAAAGGUCUUUUGGCAAGACUGGCUUGACAAAGAUGGCCCUGGAAUGUCUAGAGUCUGGGCCAUGAUGAUCACUGAGUGAGUGGCACCGGGCUGAGCCUGGGCAGUUUGUUGACUGACAAAGAGGGAUGCUAGCAGUUAGGAAGGUAAGGAGGAAACUCAGGAUGGGGACCAUCUGCUCCCCCAACCCCAGCGGGACAAAGACAUCAUCGGAGGUCUGCAAUGCCGACUGGAUGGCCUCGCUACCCCCUCACCUCCACAACGUCCCCCUUUCCAAUCUGGCAAUCCCAGGCUCCCAUGACUCGUUCAGCUACUGGGUCGAUGAGAAGUCCCCGGUGGGGCCUGACCAAACCGCAGCCAUCAAACGCUUGGCCAGGAUCUCCUUGGUGAAGAAGCUCAUGAAGAAGUGGUCCGUGACGCAGAACCUGACCUUCCGAGAGCAGCUGGAAGCUGGGAUCCGCUACUUCGACCUGCGCGUGUCUUCCAAACCCGGGGAUGCCGACCAGGAGAUCUACUUCAUUCACGGACUUUUUGGCAUCAAGGUCUGGGACGGGCUGAUGGAGAUUGACUCAUUUCUUACCCAGCACCCCCAGGAGAUUGUCUUUCUGGAUUUCAACCACUUCUACGCCAUGGAUGAGGCCCACCACAAGCGCCUGGUUCUCCGAAUCCAGGAGGCCUUUGGAAACAAGCUGUGCUCCACCUGCAGUGUGGAGAGCAUGACGCUGCGAGCCCUGUGGGAGAAGAAGUGCCAGGUUCUUAUUUUCUAUCACUGUCCCUUCUACAAGCAAUACCCCUUCCUGUGGCCCGGAAAGAAGAUCCCAGCGCCCUGGGCGAACACCACAAGUGUGCGCAAACUCAUCCUCUUCUUGGAGACCACUCUGAGUGAGCGGGCCCCGUGCGGCUCCUUCCACGUCUCUCAAGCCAUUCUCACCCCCAGAGUGAAGACCAUCGCCCGAGGCCUGGUUGGUGGCCUCAAGAACACUCUGGUUCAUAGAAAUCUUCCUGCCAUCCUGGACUGGGUGAAAACUCAGAAGCCUGGGACCACGGGUGUCAACAUCAUCACAUCUGACUUCGUGGACUUGGUGGAUUUCGCCACGACUGUCAUUGAAUUGAAUGACCUCCUCCAGGAGGACAGAGCUCUGGCUAAAUGCUGAUUUGAUUUUUAUUUUAGUGUUGACUUUGUUGAUCCAGGCCAGAGUUCUGAAGGGUUUCCUGUUAGGACAGCCCCUGGCAGUGACGGGGAAGGAGGAGGGGGAGGGCGUUUUCCCCUCUUCCUAGGGCCAUUUGGAUAAAAUUACAGAGCUUUCAGUUGCAUUUUUCCCAAAUGAGACUUUUUAAAAAACUGAAGUCCAAGGGAAGAAGCAUGUUUCGUGUGAUCAAAGUCAGGGUCUCCCCCGUGGUUCAUGAUGCUGAAUGUAAUGUGGAAAUGGGGUCUCCAGCUUCCUUUGAGUGUCUCUGAGUUGACCCGGUUUCCUGCUGUCUUCCAGGAUGUUAUGUGUGAGCCUGUGAGAAGACUGAACCAGAAAGGCACUCUUAGGCAAAAGAAUGGCUCAUGGCAUGUGUGGAAGGCCCUGUGGGGUGGCUCUAACAUCACCCUGGGGCUUUGAGGGAGAAAAGGGCCAGCACCAGUUCUCUCUGGCAUGCUGAAUGUCACCACUUCUUCCCCGGGAGAGUAAGACUUCUUUGUCACCAGGCCAUUCCAGCCACAAGCUGUUCUUACAUAGCUUCUGCUUGAGAACUGGGCACCUUCAUUCUUUGUAUAAACAGUGCACAUUGCCUCUGGUAUCAAAAUGUGUUUCCCAGUUGUAAAACAUUGAUUCCUUUCAGUUUCUCUCGGCCCCUUCUCAAAAGUGAAAGGAACAAUGGUGGAAGGUCCUUUCAGUGUGGGGCCCAACAAGAGACAGACAUGCAUGUGUGCUGCAUGCCGCAUUUCUUUGGUUUAAUCCUCCAAGCUUUUCCCAAAAUGGCUGCUAGGUAAACUCCUGCCUCAUUUUGGCAAAGCCCUCUUUGGAAUGGCAUCUUCAAGCCAGAUCUUGGAAUUGCAUUUCAUUGCCAUCUGCCGAGGACCCAGGUUUGCGCUGUGAGGCAUAACGCUAACAUUAACGCUAACGGAAGGCGUCUCGACCGUGGCACCGCGGAGACAGCCGCAGGAUGCGUGGGGAAGUGCAAUGGAUUUGAGGAGGAAGCUCCGAGCGGGUUUGGAGCUGUUCUGUAACUCCUUGAAAACCAGACUACCUCGGGGACAUUCAGGAUGACUUGUGUGUCAUCAAGUGAGAGAUGUGUGGUGUUGGAACAUUUCCAGUUUGUGUCUUGAUAGCUCUACUUCUUGCAGGUUGUCUUGAGCCUGCUAACGCCUCUGCACGAGGGCUGCGACACUCAAGAGGGGAUUUUGUUUUUUGUUUUUUUUUUU